AUGGCCGAGACUGUUGCAGAUCUUAUUGCGGCCCACGAACCCCAGGCGUUCGUACCGUUCCCAACCAUCGCCGACGUGAACAAGGGAUCCAAGCCUCGCCUUACCAUCGUCGUGGCCUGUGUGGAUCCUCGGUGUAGCGUUGACCGGUUUAUCGAUUUAAACCUCGGAGUGCCCAAUGGUGAAAUGGUUAUGGUCUCGCGCAAUGCCGGUGGCAACAUCCGCUUCGCGGUCCGGGACAUUCUGCUUCUGGACGCGAGAUUCGGAAUCGAUGAACUCGUCGUUGUUCAUCAUACGGAUUGUGGCUCGACGAUGUUUACGAACGAUUGGAUGCGCGACGCUGUCAAAGCGCGAGUAGGUGAGAGUCAUUGGGACGAAAUUGACCAGAUCAACUGGGGUGCCAAUAUAGAGUAA